GUGCAGCGGAGGAGUUGCGCAAUGCUAAAAAUCGUCUUAGUGACAGCCCUAGUUUGGGUCUGUGGUAAAUCAGUUAUCAUCAACAACAAAACUGGACAUGAUGUUCCUCAAUGUCUCCAGCAAAACAGCUCUUCUCCAUGUAAAACCCUCGGCUAUGUGUUUUCUAAUGUGUCUCUUCUCAAUAACAGUGAAAUUGUCUUGUUUGGAAAUCAUUUGCUGCACCAGACUUUGACAGUAUCUCAUGUGGAAGGUCUCACAAUACAAAGUGGUGGAGAAACUGCUUCCAUCAUCAAAUGUGUCAAUUUUACCAAUGGAGGAUCUGGGCUGGUAAUAAGGUUUGCCCUGAGAGUGAAAAUUUUCAAUAUCAAACUAGAAGGUUGUGGAACAAGUCAGUUAAUAAACAAUGUACAGUAUCAUUCUGCUGUCACCAUCAUCAGUAGUGCUAAUGUUCAGAUCAGUAAAACAAGCUUUCACCAAAGUAUUGGGAGAGGUCUAACAAUGCAUGAUGUACGUGGCCAGGUAGAAGUAAUAAACAGUUCUUUUAUUGGUAAUACAGUCAGGGACACACUCAAUGAUCAAUCAGUACACAGUGGAGGAGGUGGUCUGUACAUUAAAAUCACACCUUCUCCUGGCGAUAUGUCAAGCUGUACUCCUGGACCUGAAACUCUCAACGACAAGGGUACAAUGUAUUUCAUCAUGAACUGUGUGUUUCAAGGUAACACAGCAAUAAAUGCAGAAGGCACAGAAGAGAGUCACAUUGGGUUUAGAGGCCUAACAGAUAAUGAAAACGGUUAUGGAAAAGGUGGUGGAAUUUAUAUAAACAUGGAAGGCUCAGCGUUCUUAAUAGUACAAGAUUGUACAUUCUACAACAACUCAGCUCUCUUGGGAGGAGGAAUUUUUGCCAUCUUCCAGGACUCAACCAACUCCCUCUAUGUCAACAUGUGUACAUUUGAAAAUAACACAGCGCCACUAGGAAGUGGUGGGGCUGUUCAGUUAUAUUAUGAUGUGGCAGAUCCAGGAAAACACAACUUUGUUUUGUUGGACCAUGUUCAAUUCAUCAAAAACUCUGCUGGU